AUGGACUCAAUUCAAGCUAAACAACUUUGUGUGAAUUGUACUAAAGGUGGAGGCAUUACGAUAUGUGUUGGAUGUCAAGGAUGCUUUUGUAAAGGUCAUUUUCAAGAACAUCGACAGACUCUUGAUGAAGACAUGGAUCGUGUCUGUCAACAACAAGAAUAUCUCUACAAGACUUUAACUGGAAAUAGUAUUGUGCAUCCACUUCUUUCUCAUAUUGAUGAUUGGGAACAGUCAUCGAUUAGAAAGAUUCAAGAAGUAGCAGAAAAAGCUCGAAAUGAUCUAACAAGAUUUAUGAAUGAAAUGAAAGCUCAAUUAAAACAAGCACUUCUCAAAAUAAAGAGUGAAUUAGAAUCAAGUCGCGAAGCAGACGAUUAUACAGAAAUAGAAUUGACAAAUUGGAUCGAACAACUAGAAAAACUUCGACGAAUGUUUGAAAAACCACCAGCUAUUGAAAUUGUUGAUGAUCAAGCACAACCACUCAUUCGUAUCGUUCAACGAAAAGGUUCGUAA